AUGUGGGCCUUUGCCCGUCAGCUGCUGGCGGACAUUGAGGCGGCAGCCUAUUCAACCGACGAGCGCCAAUUGCACCGGCUCAAGGCCGCCUUUGAGGAUGCCGUGCCGGAAUUCUACUAUCUUCAGUCCCCCAAGGACAAGGACCGCGAUGGUGGUGCCAGUGAGACCCUGGUCUUCCACACCCUGCCCAACAGUAGCGAUCAGCAAGCCGUAGACCAGGCACGCACCAAACCCCUGGCCAUCUUCAAGGCCCGGGUGGAGGGCGCCGCCACAACCACCAUCCUCACCGACCAGCAGGUGGCCAAUGCCCACACCCUGAGUGGAAUCCUCGGUAUCAGCCAAGUCACUGCGGCCGCUUUGCUUGUCGAGGCCGAAGACAUUACCAACCAUCCCCUCGUCUUUCGCGAAGCCUCCCUGCUCACCCGGGGUGCCUUUCUCUUCUACGAAGCUGAACGCAUGCUCUUCAGCAUCCUCUGCAUCCUCCUCGAGGCUGUGACCAAGCAGUCCUUCAGCCCCAACUUUAACACUUUGGCCCUUGAGCUCCUCGAAAGCCUUCAGGAACUCCCAGCCAUCGUUCUCACAGCAGUCCUGGCCCUUCACCGUAGUGACUUUGAGGCCCGUGCCGAUGCAGCUCAACUCCUGGCCCACGACCGCAGUGCCGCUCGCCUUCUUCAGGAAGUCAAGGAUUGCUGGCUUGAAGCCUGCGACGCCCUUUUGCUUUUUGUCACCGCGGCUCGAGUCGUCGCCCAACGUCAACCAAGUGACUCCAACGUAGACACCAUCACCACUCAGGAAUGCCUCAUCCUCCUCAAAACCCUCCAGCAAACCCUCGGUGAUGGCCCCGCAGGGUCCGCGCUCGCACCAACCAACACGCACGCCAGCCAUACUACGGCCGCCCUGGACGGAACCCGCGUUUUCGUAGCCCCAACAGCUGUCAUCUGUCUCCUGCACGUCUUCCUUCGCCGCCGUCUCCACGCCGUUGCCGCUCUCCGCACCGGUGACCGGACCAGCGACUACAACGACCCGUUGGCCAAUGACCUUGACUUUGCCCGCGCCCUGGACGACACCACUGCCUGGAACAACAACCCCACCUGGCGCCUCCUCAUGCAGCUGGCAUUUGGUCUCUGCCGGACUGCCCUCGACAAGCCGGAGGACGUCUGGGAGGGCGUUCAGCAACAGGCCACCACCCUUAUCGACCACCGUAGUGAUGAAUCCGUCUUUGAGUGCCUGCACCAGCUGGCCAACGCACCCCAGUGUGGGGCCGAGGACAAGUCGAGCGCCAUUAGUAUCGACACCCUCCUUGCCUUUUGCGACUGGCUCAUUGAAGAUGGUGGCCUUCUUCGCAUGCUCAUGUACAAUUACACCGAGGCCGUGGCUAGCGGAUCAGACGUCACCCACGACGACUUUGUUUGGCUCCUCAAGACCAUUGCCACCGUGGCCCAGCGCGCUGAUGCAGACAUGAUGGCGGAACGAGUCUCCGUGUGGGAUGGCUUCUUGCGCAUGGUUGGCGACCAACUCGAUGCCACCACCUACAUCGUCUAUCUUGAGGUCCUGGCCGCCUUUGCCAAGCCUGGCCCCGCGAGCCAGUACGUCUUCACCCUCCUCAUGGACAAUGGUCGUGAAGGCUUCCGCCAAGCCCCCGUCUCGUGGCGCUCCCUCUUUGCCGCCAUCGCCUCAGCCACCAGCAUGUCACACGAAUCUGGUCAAGCUGUUGACAUUCUCACGCAACAAAUGCUCGAGGCCUUUUUGCACCUCCUCGCCACUGUCUGCGAGGAUCCAGAAUGCGCCCGCGGCAUUGUUAGCCGAGACGACUGGCACGCCAUCGACACCCUCUUCACUUUCUUCUGCUCCCACUUGGAGACCACGCUCAAGGGCAAAUUGCUGGCUGCUUUGGCCGCCAUCUGCGCCGCUCAUCCCCCGGCGGCCCGCGUCGUUUGGCACCUCAUCUGUGCGAGCCACGUUUUGGUGGGUGACUCCACAAACAUGGGCAAUAUCCAAAUUCGGGACCUCGGUGUCGUGCAUGACCUUCGAAAGCGCGAAGCAGAAGCCAAGACUUACCCCGAGACCUUCAACUUUGUGCGCCUCCUCAAAGCCGUCCUCCCCCACGUGGUUGAUGAACCUCAGAGUCGCCACAGCCUCCGCGUCGCCAUCAACUACCUCAUUUCCGAGGUCUUCUUGGCAGCCCUUCGUAGCCUACAAUUCAUCAGCGAAACGGAGCGCUGGGAACUUUUGGCCGAUGCUCUCACCACUCUGCGCGAGCUCCUGUCGCGCUAUCAGCCCACUGAGGGCGACUUUGGCGGUGCGAUUCCGGCAGGAGCCACCCCUGCGGAAGCCUUCACGAACGUAGCCGGUUCUGGAUUGGACAUGACUGCGGACGAUGAAGGGGAAGUACAACGUUUUGACGACCACCGCCACGUCCAAGGCCCGCGUUACGUCGGCUUUCUGGUUCUGGCCAGCCUUUUGCAAGACCCCACCGGCAACGUGCUCGUUGGUCUGGGCAACAUUUUGGCGCGCUCGGCCCCACAUGAAUGGGUGGACAAGCCAGUACAGCUCCAGGAGGCCGUCAUCAACUGUGUUACCCUCACGGUUCAGAUUCUCGAGGUGGCUGCAGGCUUCAGCGCUGCCCUCAAUGACAUGCACGUCAAGACGCACCAACGCGUAGACUCCUUCCUUAUGAACCAAUCACGAGGCGACGACGUGCUCUCGCCCCUCGUUGUUCAUCUCAUCAUGCUUCUCGAUGCCGAGCACUCGGCCGAACUGGCACUCGAUGCCAUCAAGUUGGUGUAUCGAAUUGCCGGCACAUCGCACAACAAUGUAUCUCUGCGCUCAAUCUUCAACGCUGCCCCUGCGCUGGAACGCCAGAAAAUGCUCUUCGCCUUCCAGUAUCGCCUCAUGGCCAUCGGCCCCGAGCUAGUGUCGGACCAACAAGACGUCUAUGUGGACGUGCUUGACGAGGAACACUACUCGUGCGAUAAUGCUGUGGCCUCCAGCGUGGUACAGCUCCUUCGCUACAGCCUCAGCGAAGACGGGCUUUGGGAGAUCACGCCCCUCCUGCUUAUGAUUGGUGUCGCCGCUCGCAUCACCAAGCCUCGGGACGUGAUGCAGGUGCAGCUGCUGCCCAGCCAAGCUGCCGACGCACAGUCCUGUCUGCACGUUCUCAUUGACCUCAUCACCAACAAGAGCGCCGCCAACCGCCUCCCCCUGUACCAGCUUCACCCGCUUUUCGCAGAGAAUUGCUUUGCUUUGCUCUACGCUCUGCAGUCCCAUCCGGUGGUCGGCCCAAUGGUUGUCCGCUUUACGCGCGAGUCGUCCCUGGCCCGAGAUCUGCUCGAACAGCUCAAGGGUUUACUCGAACUGAGUACCUUUAGUACGGAGCUGGACCGCCGCAGCGCGGCUUGGACCAGCACCAUGGGGUGGAUCCUCAAAUCCAUCGCCCUCGAACUCUACGUGGCUGCGAAGGAGCCCUCCGAGGAGCAGCGCUGGUUGUAUAAGGAGCUGUUUGGCCUUCCGCAGCAGUCGGCCGUUUUCUCCGACACAUUUGUGGGUGAUGCUGCCGCCCAGCCCGUGAGCCUGAUGCGCCGCGUGCUCAACGCCAUUGACUUUCGUCUCGAGACAGUGGGCCAGCUGAAUCUCUCGCAUCUGCCCCUUGGCAUUGCCAAUCAAGCUUUUCAGGCCUGUACCAAGACCCAAGUGACUUUGGGCGACGAGCCCAUUCCAUACUGCUUUGUGCGUGAGAUGCAUGAGCAGCUGCUGGGAAUGUUGGAGCGCGGGGGCUAUGACCUGGGCCUGCGCGAGGCCUAUGUGGAUGACAUCACGGCCGCAGUCAACGUGGCGCUCCAGACCAAUCUCAUUGCCGAGCGACGUGGCGCGCGGCUCCAUCUGCUCAAGGGCUGGGAACGCGUGCUCACCAUCAUGUUCAGCAAAACCGCCCCGCUGGUGACGGGAGACGACCAAAUCGCCGAGCUUGGCGAACAACUCAUGUACUUGCUCACCCACCUGCCAGUUGACCUGCAGAUGACGCAGCAGUUGGACCCGGCGCUCAUGUCUGUUCUGUCCAACAAUAUUGUGACCCUGACAGCCAACCUGCAGGGGAGCCUCCAGCGUAUGAGUGGCAUUGAGGAAGCACAGAGCAGUGCUCUGAGUGUUGUUCGUAACCUGCAAGAACCCCUCCUGGCCAGCCUUGUUCAGGGUGUCCUGACCGCAGGAUGUGGCCCACGGAUGCGCCAGAACCAUUACUGUAGCCUUCACUUUUACAUUACGAUUGCACGCACGGCUGAAUCAUCUCUGCCUUCGGACUGGAUUGCGGGACCCAGUGAACGCUUCAUGGACAUGGUCUGCCGCGAUGCUUGCGAUGGAACUGGCGUGACCUGUAUCCUGGCCCUUCUCGCCCUUUCAGAGCUGGUGGCUUUGGACGAUAAGGGCAACUGGCUGGCAUUCAUGGCUCGGCGCGGCUUUUUGGACCAGUACGUUCAUGAAGCACAGGCUGCUGAAGAACAGCUUCAAGCGCUCGCGUUCCAGUCUAGCUCCAACUUUAACCCGUUUUAUAAGCAUCAGGCGCGUUAUGCCCUUUUUCUCAAUUGCGCCCGCUCCUCAAGCGGUGCCAAGGCCUUGCUCGAGUCACCUCUGCUCUUGCAGCUUGAGCAUAGCAAGCUCUUGCGUGCCCACAACGUGUCCGAUGAUGGGUCCGUCGGCAGCAGUGGCGCGAGCUGGAGCAAUGUCGAUCCUCGCAGCAUUGUAUUGCCCAUGCUUCGCGUCCUCGAUCAAAUGACCAUGCAUGCGGCUGGCACGGACAUUCACCUGGGCAUGGCUCGCGUCUUCCGAGCCAACUUUACCGCCUACUUUAGGCCGGUCCUGAAGGGUUGGAGUGCCCUCAAGACGCCGAAUGCGCUGGACGAGCUCAUGUUGGUUACCUCCUUGGUGCGCAAACUGAUUGCACGCGCUGCCAAGCUCGAUCCGGAGUGCUUCGAUCAGGAAGAGGUGCAGCGCUUGAUCAUUCCACUUUUGGCCUAUCUCAUGCGUGCCGACUGGAAAGCAGCCAUUCAUUACAACUCCAGAGAAGCGUUUGAGCAGAACGAGAUUAUGGUGCUGGUCCAGAAUACUUUGUUCAACAUUCUCUGCUUCCUGCGCCAGUCACUUGAUCGUGACGUAGAAGUGGGCAAGCGUGUCCACGUGGCCUUGGCAGCCCGGGUCUUUAUCAAACCCUCCUUUGUGGAAGACGUGGCUGACGAAAUCACGUGUGGAUCGGCUUUGAGCCUGCUCAAGCAGCUUUUGGCCACCCAGCAGGAUGCGAAGAAGGAGCAGCUCAAUGCUCGCUCCAGCGAAGGCUCCAUCUCCAUGCUGGGUCCAGACCGGUUACGCCGGAUUGGUGUGGCUGAGGACGAUGCCAAAAACGAGCAAGUGGUGGCCCGAGCCCUUGAGUUGAUGGCGGACACCAGCGAGCAGAUUGUCCGCAUCACCCAGUCCUCGACCGAAUGCCUUCUAUACAUGCUAUGGCGUCACCUCGACUUUUAUCUGAACAGUCAGCGUGCCCAUCAAACUUCCACGUUCCAACCUCAGCGAAAAAUUCGAACGCUGGAAGCUGGGAUUGUGGGGGCACCUCUUCAUCACAAUUCUGAUAUGAGCGAUAUGCGUGAGGACCCUUCGCUCUCAGCACCGCAUGCUUUGACCACCGAAGAACUCAAAGUCUUCCAGGACGAGGUACAGAAGGUGUCGGCUUUGCGGUCCAAUGCCGAUAGCUUGCUGUCCAAGCUCGUUGCACGAGAAAAGGAAUUAUUGGUCGAACAAAAGUUUCAGCAUGGCGUUGCUUUGACCCUGAUCAAGCCCAUUGAGCGACGCAUUCGCUCUCUGGUGGAUGGUUUGAAUGCCUAAGAGUCGACCGCAUGGCAGAUACAAUGAAGACUCUCUUCUGAUGGUCAGGCGAUGGAGUAGUUGUUGUGGCACCCUGAUUGGAAGCACGAUGUGAAUUGACAUAAGGAUGAUGA